UUCCUUGCUUGGCAGAAAAGAGCCAACUCCCUCUCUCUCUCUCUCUCUCUCUCUCUCUCUCUCUCUCUCAUUGUGUUCAUAAGCAUCUUGACUUUGAACUCCCUUUGAGGUUCUAGAGCUUUAACCACACCUCCCAAGAUUUGCUAAUGAAGAUCUGGGCCAUGUUUCAUCUUCUUCUUGCUUUUCUUCUUCUAUCAAUCCGUUCAGAAACUACAAAUGCAAACUCAGAAGGAGACGCUCUGUACGCAUUGAGGAGAGCUAUGAAGGAUCCGAAUGGUGUUCUGGAGAGCUGGGAUCCGACCUUAGUGGAUCCCUGCACUUGGUUCCACGUUACUUGCGACGGUGAUAAUCGGGUUACCCGACUUGACCUUGGAAAUGCAAAGCUGUCGGGCAGCUUGGUUCCAGAGCUGGGGAAGCUUGAGCGUCUUCAGUAUCUUGAAUUGUACAUGAACAACUUGGUGGGAUCCAUCCCAGAGGAGCUUGGUGGACUGAAGAGCCUAGUUAGCUUGGAUCUUUAUCACAAUAACUUGACUGGGUCCAUCCCUGCCUCCCUCUCUAAGCUCUCCAAUCUCAAGUUCCUGAGAUUGAACAGCAAUAACCUGACUGGAAGAAUACCCAGGGAACUUGCUAAACUCGGAAACCUCAAGAUCCUUGACGUGUCACACAACGAUUUGUGUGGUACAUUCCCAACCUCGGGCUCCUUUUCCAAGCUCUCGGAGGAGAGUUUCAAGAAUAAUCCAAGACUUGAAGGACCAGAACUGAUGGGAUUUGUGAGAUAUGAUGUGGGAGGAAGCUGCUAAUGAUGUACCAACAAAAGGCAAAUACAUAUAUUAUGUUGCCAAUUUCUUCCGUCUAAUGUCUCUUUAGAUCGAAGAGCUUUUAUGUCUCACUAAUAUAUAUAUAUAUAUAGCUAUAUAGCUAUAGCCUGUAACACCGAGAAAACCACCCUUAUAGUACCGACAUGUUCGUCUUUCCUUAUUUAAUAUUCAAGUCUCAAACUUUCAACUACCCA